AUGGGAGCCACCGAUUCGAAACCAAUUACCAAGCUCUAUGAUCACUUCCGAUAGAUUAAUGUUUAUAACAACGGUAUGUCUUAAAGUAGAUGAUCCUAGACUUCCCUGAGUGUUAAAUCCUACAACAUAAACGAGACCCACAUCAGAAGCUGAUUCUUCGCACUCUAAACAUAACAGAUGAGGUUCACUUCAAGAAGGCUGUCCAACAAUACCAAGUGAGACACAAGAUCAAUCAUCAAAAUGUUCUCAAUCUGAGCAAUUACUUUUACCAAUUUGAGUAAUAACUCUGUGGACAAUUCUACAAGGUUUAUUUACUUUUUGAAUACCCAACUGGGAAUUUGGAGUUAGUUCCAGCCUUAAAUGAAACACAAUUAAUUUAGUAUUUGAAACAAGCAGUUGCAGGAUUGACAUGCAUGCAGAAAAAUGAGAUCCCACACAAUUCAUUAUAACUCAAAUAUCUGUAUUUGAUGGAUGAAACAAUAAAGGUGACAGACCCAUAGUAUUUUCAACAUAACACCAAUUUUAUGCAGGUAUUACAAAAUCCAAAUUGUUUGGAAUGCAUCUAUCUAUCCCCAAUAUUAGUGAAAUCAAUAUAGUUAAACAACUGGUAACCAAAGCAUAAUGAGUACAAGAGUGAUGUAUUCACUUUGGGCAUGCUCUUCCUCCACUUGGCUUUAAAUCAACCAAGUUCGGAUUGUUACUCAUACGAUCAAGGCUUGUUAAUUGAAGAUGUUUUGAAUAGUAAACUAUAAAAGUUGAAGCUGAGAUAUGGACAGCAAUUUUGUGAUUGGCUAUCAAGUAUGUUAGUCAUCAAGGAAGAUCAAAGACCAGAUUUUUUAUAAUUGGAACACUACAUUAACAAUUAAUAAGUUCUGAAUAAACAAUAAUAUAUUCCCAAUGUUAUUUAAAGGCAGAUAAUACCAAUCAUAGAUCCUACCUAUUAAUCUAAUACCAUAUAGACACUACAACAGCAUACAAUCGUUGCUAAUACUACAAUUCAGCCAUGCCUGACUCAAGUGAAUAGUGUGUAGUAAAUUCAAUCAAGAAGAUUUCAAUAAGUUUAAAACAUUUCCCCGUUAGAAUAUGUUCAUUAAUACACAAUCAAAACAGAUACUUCAUAAAGAAGUCUCACCCCAUUAAGCAAGAUCUUAGUACCUCAAUAACAAUUGAAAGUGAGAGAUAAUAGGGAUAGUUCAGUUCCUAGAUUAAGAGGAUCAAGAUAAAGCAGCAAGGAUCCGAAUCAGACCUACACUUAUGCUGUUCCAACAGUUCCUACUGAUUUAUCUAUUCUUAGUAAUAAGAGUGGGUAGGUUAAAUAAAUAUAUUUUCCUCCAAAACCAUUAUCUAAUAAACUAUCAAAUACUAGAACAGUUACCUAGUAAUAAUAAUCCAGAUUGAAUUAUACAACUUAAUAAGUAUAAGAAUAUCAAUUCAGUAGUUAAACGAGUAGCAAUAUUUAAAAGUAAGCUGCUCCAACUUAAUCAUUGCAACCUGAUUAAUGCGAUACUCUACAAUUCAAAUAGCCAAGUGAAACUAUUAGUAAACAGUCUUAAUUCGAUGAAAAUAUCGAUCCUACACCAGAAGAAGAUGUUGAAUAGACAACCUAAAGGCAGGAAUACUUCAAAUUUUCUAAAAUUCUUAGUGACUCAACCAAUCUUCCUCAAUAAAUAACAGCAACAUAAACUAAAGAGUUUUCAUUACCAUACGACAUUCCUUAAUUCAAAGCAGACAGUGUCAAUCGACCAGAAUUUGUGGUUGAACAUUAUUCAAAUGGAUCUCGCUAUGAGGGGAUGAAAGCCAAUGGCAUGAGACAUGGACAAGGAAAGUUUUACUAUCAAGAUGGUGGAUUAUAUGAUGGAGGAUGGAAAGAAAAUAAGAUGCAUGGAGAUGGUAAUAAGUCAAUUGUAUUGCUUUUUAGGAACACUCUAUUAUGCAACAGGACAACCUGCCUAUUAAGGACAAUGGAGUGAGGAUUAGUUUUAAGGUCAUGGCACCCUCUAUAAUGAGCAUCCGCAACCAUUACACGAAUCGUUUGAUUACAGAGAUUUUGACAAUGUUGAAGAGUACGACAUAGCAUCAUAUAUUCCUUAGUUAUUGGAUCAAGUAUAGUGGCAACUUUGAUCAGGACAACAAGGAAGGAUAGGGAACCCUGUAUCUAACCAAUGGGGAGCGUUUUGUGGGUACAUUCUAGAAGGAUUUUAUCAAUGGUCCUGGAAUAUUCUAUUGUAUGAAUGGUAAAAUCAUGGAUGGCAGAUGGAUCAACAACAAGCUAGUUUAUUGA